AAAAACGUCUUCGAAAAUAAGUUGUGUUUUGUUAUUCUGCUGUCUUUAUUAUAUACGAGCACAUGGGACUAAAGCAAUUGACAUGGACUACUUUUGAGCUUUCUCCGCAACUCUAACUGCUCCACCAAACUAGGCCUACAGUACUGCAAAGAGAACUGUCGUGGGGUGCCCGUACUGUGCCAUGAGGGGGAGUGUUACUGCCACCAGAGUGUCAUAGACGAUUUAAGCUCAACAAAUGUGGUGGCAAGUGUAGAUUUGAUGAUAGCACCGAAAGAACCAGUUGCUCCGAAAAACGAAGUUCAAAUAAAUAUAUCUCCGCAAAUAGUCCAAAAAAGCGACGACAAGGAAGUUAUACCAGUACAAAUUGCCCCCGAACGGCGUCACCAAAUCGCCCACUUCUGCCCUGAUCUCGACGUAGCCAGGCAGUGCAUAAAGAAAUGCAUCGGCAUGGGCAAGGGCGCUUUCUGCGGCAAGGACCACACCUGCUACUGCGGCCACAAGUACUCGUCCCACGACGCUCCAGACAAGCAAGACGCUGCGGAGGUGUACAAGGAGUUCUCGGACAUGUACGCGAAAUACUUCGGCAAUUCUGAGCACGAUGUUGCCAGUGAUGAACAUUCCGCGGAGUUUUUGAAGAAUAAGAAAAAGUUGUCUAAUAAAAGUAAGAAGGUUACUCGUCCCCAUCAUUGAGCAGUUUGAAUUAUUAAAUGCAUACUAAAAA